AUGUAUCUACUUAUAGUAUUUUUGCCCCUGCUCGGCAGUUCCGUAGCAGGUGCUUUCAGACGUUUUCUAGGUGCAGAAGGAACCGCUAUAAUUACCACCGCGUGCAUUUCAUUAUCUUCUAUCUUAUCAUUUCUUGCUUGUUAUGAAGUAGCAUCGGGAGCUAGUGCUUGCUAUCUCAGAAUUGCUCCAUGGAUCUCAUCGGAAAUGUUUGAUGCUUUUUGGGGCUUCUUGUUUGAUAGCCCGACCGUAGUUAUGUCAAUUGUAGUUACAUCCGUCAGUAGCUUGGUCCAUCUUUAUUCCAUUUCAUAUAUGUCUGAGGAUCUGCAUAGCCCUCGAUUUAUGUGUUAUUUAUCCAUUCCUACUUUUUUUAUGCCAAUGUUGGUGACUGGACAUAACUCUCUUCAAUUAUUCUUGGGAUGGGAGGGAAUAGGUCUUGCUUCCUAUUUGUUAAUUAAUUUCUGGUCCACACGACUUCCAGAUAAAGCAGCUACUAAAGCUAUGCCUGUCAAUCGAGUAGGUGAUUUUGGAUUAGCUCCUGGGAUUUCAGGUCGAUUUACUCUCUUUCAAACAGUAGACUCUUCCACCAUUUUUGCUCGUGCUAGUGCCCCCAAAAAUUCUUGGAUUUCUCGCAAUAUGAGAUGGCAUGCCAUAACUAACAUUUGUAUUUUACUUCUUAUUGGUGCUGCUGGGAAAUCUGCAAAGGUAGGAUCACAUACUCGGUCACCCGAUGCAAUGGAGGGUCCCACUCCAGUAUCCGCUUCGAUUCAUGCAGCUACUACGGUAACAACAAGCAUUUUCAUGAUAGCAAGGUGCUCCCCUUUAUUUGAAUACCCACCUACAGCUUUGAUUGUUAUUACUUCUGCAGGAGCUACGACGUCAUUCCUUGCGGCAACCACAGGAAUCUUACAGAACGAUCUCAAAAGGGUCAUAGCUUAUUCAACUCGUAGUCAAUCAGGCUAUAUGAUCUUUGCUUGUGGCAUUCCCAACUAUUCGGUUAGCGUCUUUCAUUCAAUGAAUCACGCUUUUUUUAAAGCAUUACUAUUCUUGAGUGCAGGUCCAGUGAUUCAUGCCAUGACGGAUGAGCAAGAGAUGCUGAAGAUGGGGGGGCUUGCCUCCUCGUUCCCUUUCACCUAUGCCAUGAUGCUCAUGGAGCUUAUUGGAUCUCCUUUUCUAAUUGGAUUUUAUUCCAAAGAUGUGAUCUUAGAGCUCGCGUAGACUAAAUAUACCAUCAGUGGGAACUUUGCUUUCUGGUUGGGAAGUGUCUCUGUCCUUUUCAAUUCUUAUUACUCUUUUUGUUCACUUUUUCUAACAUUUCUAGUACCAACUAAUUCAUUCAGGCGAGACAUCGUCAGAUGUCAUGAUGCACCCAUUCCUAUGGCCAUUCCUUCAAUACUUCUGGCUCUCGGGAGUCCCUCUGUAGGAUACUUCGCCAAAGUGUGGCCCAUUAGCCCAUAA